AUGGCUGUCAUUCCGAUCUACGCUGGAUCGUUUGCUGCUUUCCGUGUGAUGAAACGUCCUGCCAAUGCUCCGCGUGCAAAGAAGAAGAGCGCGUCACCUUUGGAAGAUUCCGACGAUGAAGAGGAAAUCUCUGAAAGCCUUACAGCCAGCGAUGCUUGGAUGUUUCCUGUCAUUGGAUCAGGCGUUCUCUUUUCUUUGUACCUUUUAUUCCGUUUCUUGGAUAAAAAGUAUAUCAAUAUCCUCAUCACCGUUUAUUUCUCCGUCAUGGGCUGCUUAGCCGUCGCCAAAACCGGUCUUCUCAUUGCCAAACGCAUCGUUCCUCUGGCCUUGUUGAAAAACGUUCAAAAGUACAAAAUUACCCUGUCCAAGCAAGAUGCCAUCAUUUCUCGCACCAGUUUCACUGCCGUUCACGGUAUUUUGUUGCUCCUUUCGGCUGCAUUGACGGUCUAUUACAGUCUUACCAAGAACUGGAUUGCUUCCAACGUUUUUGGCAUCUCCUUUUCCAUCAAUGCUAUCCAAUUGUUAUCUUUGGACUCUUUCAAGACCGGCAUGAUUUUGCUUUCUGGACUGUUCUUUUAUGACGUCUUUUGGGUAUUUGGAACUGAAGUGAUGGUCAGCGUUGCCAAGAACUUUGAUGCCCCCAUCAAAGUGAUUUGGCCCAGGGAUAUCAUUGACUUUAUCAUGAAUUCAUCGACUGAACGUAAUUUUGCUAUGCUUGGCCUGGGAGACAUCGUGAUUCCAGGUAUUUUCGUGGCUCUUUGUCUCCGCUUUGAUCGACACAUGGCAUGGCAACGCCAUCCUGUGGGUGAUUUCCGUUCCACCAAUUUCAGCAAACCUUAUUUCAAGGCCUGCUGUAUUGCUUAUGUGAUUGGAUUGGGAACGACGAUGAUCGUGAUGCAUGUGUUCAACGCCGCUCAACCCGCGCUUCUCUACUUGUCGCCGGCUUGUAUUCUGUCCGUUUUAAUCACGGGCACUAUGCGUGGUGAACUCAAGGACGUGUUUAGCUACUCUUCCGAAGAAUCCGAUGACGAAAAGAAGAAUAAGAAGAAGUCGACCGGUGCUAGCACCAGCAAGCGAGUGACCCGCAACACGCCCGCAGCACCUAGCCCGAUGAAAACUCGAUCAUCCACCGUCGGGGAUGACGAGGACCAUACCGACCACAGCGACCACAGCGCCGAUGGUGAAGAUACCGCAAAUAGUACCUCUUCCGAAACUCCUAGAACGAGAUCCCGACGAAAUACCAGAAGCAAAAAGAAAUAA